UCAUUCACUUUUGGCUGUGCUCUGUCCUGUAUGAGCUGGAUGACUACACUCUGUCCUGGUGUCAAAGCAGAGCAGGGAGGCAUAGAAGAAGUGGAAAAACAUGUUUUUUAUAACUCUGCUUUGUCUGCUGCUCCUGUGGCCUGGCUUCAGUGCUCUGAUGGGAUCGCCAAUAGAAAAUAUAGGUGGAAAGCUGCGGGUGAACAUGAGCUCUGUGAGGUUUGUUCAUCUUUCCACCAGUCAAAGAGACUUAUCUUCAGGUUCUUCUGCUGACACUUCAGUAAACACCCGUCUGCGACGCUCAGCUCUUAUCCCUGAUAUCACCCAUCUGGAACUGCUGGUGGUGGUAGGGCCUGACGUCCAGCAGGUCCACAAGCAGGAUACAGAGCGAUACAUCCUCACCAACCUUAAUAUUGCCUCUGAGCUGUUGAGAGACAUGACCCUGGGUGCCAACAUGAGGGUGCACCUGGUACGCAUGAUUAUCCUGUCAGAGCCAGAGCCAGAGAUCCAAAUGUCCACCAACAUUACUUCUUCUCUCAGAAGUGUGUGUGACUGGGGAAGAAGGAUCAACCCGUUCAAUGACACAGACCCGCUACACGCUGAUCUCCUGCUGUAUAUCACAAGGUAUGAUCUGGAAUUGCCAGAUGGGAAUAAACAGGUGAGAGGGGUUGCACAGCUGGGUGGGGCCUGCUCCAGUGAAUGGAGCUGCGUGAUCACAGAAGACACAGGAUUUGAUCUGGGGAUCACCGUCGCUCAUGAACUUGGCCACAGUUUUGGAAUUAACCAUGAUGGAGUUGGAAACACCUGCAGCAGGAGUGGUUUCAUGAUGGCUGCAGAUGGAGGCUACAACAGUGUGGAUCUGACCUGGUCCCCCUGCAGUAGGCAGCAGCUUCUCACAUUCUUCAGUGAAGGAAGAGCAGAAUGUGUAAAAGAUUUGCCAACACUGGGAGGCUCCCUACAAGACUGGAAGCCUGGGCUGUACUAUGGUGUUGAUGACCAAUGUCGUAUAGCCUUUGGCAGCACAGCAAGAGCUUGCUCCUUCACUAAUCCCGACCUACCAGCUUGUCGUGUUCUGUCGUGUCACAUUAAUCCUGAUGAUGACAGCUCCUGCAAACGUCUCCUGGUUCCACUGCUGGAUGGGACAGAGUGUGCUCCCAAUCAGGUAGUGCUUGCAGUGUGCUCAUGGUGUCUGAAAGGGCGUUGUGUGUCCCCACAUGAUCUUGGCACGUCUGUUGUGGUUCAUGGUUCUUGGUCUAGCUGGUCUGAGUUUUCCUCCUGCUCACGGACAUGUGGUGGUGGAGUCAGUCUCCGUACACGUCAAUGCAACAAUCCAAGACCUGCCUUUGGAGGGAAUGAUUGUGAGGGCCCAGAUAUUGAGGCUGAACUUUGUUACCAGCAGCCUUGUGAACACACCCAGCAGGAUUUCAUGGCAGAGCAGUGUUCCCAAACAGAUCUCCAACCCCUCUACCUACAACCAAACAUUGCCUCUUUCUACACGUGGAUCCCUGCUCUUGGUUUUACAAAAGGGGAUGAGCAGUGCAGAUAUAUGUGCCAGUCUGAUGGAGAAAACUUCAUUGUGAGUCGUGGCUCUCACUUUGUGGAUGGGACACGCUGUGAGUCAGACAACCCAGCGCCUUUUGGCACUACAGCUGCCUGUCUGCAAGGUAGAUGCCAGCUGUUUGGCUGUGAUGGCGUACUGCACUCUGGAAAAGUGCAGGAUGUUUGUGGGGUGUGUGGUGGUGAUGGAACAACCUGCAAUUUGAUAUCUGACUCCUACAAUGGAGGCCAGGCCAGAGAGUACACCACUUUUCUUACACUGCCAGUGAAUGCCACAAAAGUUCAUAUUGUCAACAGGGCACCUCUCUUCACUCAUAUGGCUGUAAUGAUUGGGGAUCAGUAUAUUGUGUCUGGAAUGGGCAAGAUGGCAUUAAAUAUAAUCCAUCCCUCCAUGAUGGAUGAAAAGCAUAUUGAGUACCGCCUCCACCUGACACGUGAUCUUUUACCUGAGAAGGAAGAAGUGAUGGCACCUGGACCACUGCUACAGGAGAUAAACAUACAGAUCUAUCGUAAAUAUGGAAAAGAAUAUGGAGAAAAAACAAAUCCAAACAUUAGCUACCAGUUUUAUGUACCUACCAGAAAGAGCAACUUGACAGACAGCACGCCUAGAGGCAAAUGGCUUGUUUUCACAACACCCUGCUCUAUCACUUGUGGAUCAGGUGUUCAGAAACAUGUGUAUAUCUGUAUAGAUGAAAAUACUAAGAACUAUUUGAAGGAACACCACUGUAAAACACCUCCUCCAACCAGACAAUUCCAAACAGUGUGUCAGCUCUCAUCCUGUCCCCCUAGGUGGGAAUCAGGAAAGUUUGGAGCUUGUAGUGCCUCCUGUGGCAGGGGAGUGCGAGUGCGUCCUGUACGCUGUGUUCAAAGAAAUGAAUCUGAUGUGACACAAGUUCCAGAUUCUGAAUGCUCUGCUGAUGCUGCUCCACACACGUCUGAAAAGUGUAACCUGCAACACUGUCCUACUAGGUGGCAUGUAUCUGAACCAGGGGACUGUUCUGCAGUGUGUGGGCCAGGAGAAGCGAAGCGCAUCGUGUCAUGUGUCCGGCAAGAAGACGGCCAAGAUAUUGAAGUCAAUGAAAGCUUUUGUUCAAAGCAGAUCAAACCAACUGAUUCUGUACCAUGUGUAGUUGAUGUCUGUCCCAUUGGGUGGGAGUCUAAGGGGGAGGAACUGCCCAUUUCAAAGUCUGGUUUGUUACCACGCCCCAGACAGACGCCUGUUUAUGUGUGGAGCCCUGUUAUCAGCCAGUGUUCAAAGACUUGUGGAAAUGGAACCCUGCAGGUGUGGUUUUCUUGUGUGGAACACCAGACGAGACUGGGAGUGCCUGACUUUAACUGUGAUGCUUCUACUAAACCUGAUCCUCAGUCUGAGAUAUGUGGAACUUCUCCAUGUCCUCCUAUGUGGCGCUCUAAGCAAGGAGUGUGCAGUGUAACAUGUGGAGGAGGGGUAGUCAACAGGGUGCUGUACUGUGCUCGAGAAGCAGCGGGGAUAGAGGAAGUGCUGGAAGAUUCUGAAUGCAGUGACUCUCCAAAACCCACAGCAGUGGUUUCUUGUAAUACACACAGCUGCCCUGCAAAAUGGAAGGUAUUCGGGACAUCGCCCUGCUCCAUGUCCUGUGACCUGGGUGUAGCUCAGAGGAAUGUGUCUUGUGUCCAAUUUAUCCAGGGCAGGGAAAGUGUAGUGCUGGAGGAAAACUGCCUUGCAGCUGUCAAACCAGCCACCACAGUUCCUUGUCUGGUGCAAGUCUGCACCUUUAGGUGGGAGGUGAAGCCGUGGAGCCAGUGUUCAGUACCCUGUGGAUAUGGCAUCCAGUCCAGAGCUGUGUCCUGCAUGGGCCCCUCUAAAUCAGAGCCCCUCAGCCCCUUGUUUUGCAUGCACAUGCCCAAACCAAUCACCAUUCAGGGCUGCUACAUGAGCAGCUGUAGAGAUACAGCCUCUGACACCACCGCUGCAACUGUGAAAGUCCUGAUCCAUAAAGAUAUACCACAGCACCGCAUGGGCCCUUUUCAUUCAAGUCCAACAGAGGCUAUAACCAUUCCUCAGACUACCACAACCACUCCAACACUUAAAUCCAGCACAUGUGGACAGCUACUCUUGGAAGAAUCAGGCACGGUGGAUUUGACAGAUGUAACCAGCCGCUGCACAAUAUCCAUCGGUCGACCCCUCGAUGAGGUCAUCCACAUUAAAGUGAUAUCUAGCUCCUUGAGCUGCAGAAAAAAGGAGUACGUAGCAUUUUUUGACCGUUUGGCUUUUGUGAGGAAGUGUGCGCAGUUAACAGGCAGUGAACUGACCACAAGAACCAAUGUCCUGCUUGUGCGUCAAAACAUGUUCACACCUGGAAAUGGAGUUAUGUUUACCUACAGUUCACGGAAGAACAUGAAAAGGAGCCACCAUCAGGACUGCGACAUUCAGCUGUUUUCUCCCAGUGGCAUCUUUGAGAAUCCAAUAACAUCAAACAUUACCCACACCUGCCGAGUGCUCAUCAAUGCCCCUCCCUCAGUGAAGAUCAGAAUCCAAGCGUUGCACAUAGGAUUAGUAUUCAACACCACCAGCUCCCAGUCUACUUACAUUAUGAUCCGGGACAUGGAUGUCUUAAAGACCAACGUGUUUCACGGGCAGCAGCUGUUCCUGUGGCACUCAUCUGGAAAUAUGGCUGAGGUUGAAUUUCAUGGCGACUACCUGCAUUCCAACGGGACCUUCAAAGCUGAAUAUUCCUUUGUGCGUCUUUAA